AGUUCAUUGGAAUUACUUGAUUGCGAACACAAUUUUUUUUUCUCUCACUCUCUAAAAAUAGGGCAAAAUAACCAAAGUUGUGAUAUGGAAAAAAUAAAGUUGCUUGGUGUUUCACUUAGUCCAUUUACUCAUAGAGUUGAAUGGGCUCUCAAAAUUAAGGGAGUGGAAUAUGAACUUAUAGUAGAAGAUCCACAAAAUAAGAGUCCUCUUCUUCUUGAAUCUAAUCCAAUUCAUAAGAAAAUUCCAGUGCUAAUUCACAAUGGAAAGCCUAUUUGUGAGUCAAUGGUAAUUGUUGAAUACAUUGAUGAGACAUUUGAAGGCCCUUCUAUCUUGCCUAAAGACUCUUAUGAUCGUGCUAUAGCUCGUUUUUGGGCUAAGUUCCUUGAUGAGAAGUGUUUGCCAACAAUGGGAAAGGCUCUAUUAGGCAAUGAAGAGGAGCAAGAGAAAGCUAAAGAGGAGUGUAGUGAGCUGUUGAAAAUUCUUGAUAAUGAGCUCAAGGAUAAGGAAUUUUUUGUUGGAGAUAAAAUUGGAUUUGUUGAUAUUGCUGCAAAUGUGUUGGCAUUUUGGAUGGGAAUAAUUGAAGAAGCCUCUGGUGUUAUUUUGAUGACAAAUAAGAAUUUUCCCAAUUAUUAUGCUUGGAGAGAUAAUUACAUUAACUGCAACCAAGUCAAAGAAUAUUUACCUUCAAGAGAUGAAUUAUUUUCACAUUUCCAAUCUAGAUUUCACUCUGCAUCAACUACUAAAUGAAUAACCUCUCUUGUGAAAUAUCAAGAUUUUGUGUGGUUGCAACAAAGUACUACUUGUGUAGGCUAAUAAUAAGAGUUAUGUUGUUAUCUUCCCUUUUUCCAAAAUAGUGCAGUACUCUAUCAG